AUGUCAAAGGUAAAGUGAGAAACUAUGCUUGAUUUUAUUAAUGGUUUAGUUGCAGAACAAUAGACGACAAGAAAGCGGAUGGAUGUUCCUGCGCCGUUCGACCGACGCGCAAGCCGAGUUCACCCAGCCGGCGAUCGACCAGCAGCGCCCGAUGAAGCAGUCUCCAUCCAGAUGCGAAGGAAGUUGGGCCCGGUACAGGGAUCGGUCAGACCAUCGAGCAAGGUGAGUUACAGGCAUAAUCUCAAUUGCAUGAUAGGAGUGUGAAAAAUCGAUAAAAUUCACAGUGAGAAUUAUGGCUUUCCACAAUGACCGGCUACGCCUUUGACGUGAUGAUAUUCUCAACGUACAGUUUACAAAAAUGAACCGGCCGUCGUUCAAACGGUCAUUCGGGAAGCUUUAAUAAUAACUUCUUCUAAGUCGUAAGCGUGUCUCGCAGUUCAUUUUAACAAGAAAAAUACUUCAUAAGACAUUUUGGGUCAAACUCAAUGAAUACAAUGACUUUCAACAGAACAGAAAUUCGGAAUAAAUAUCAUAUUUUCAGAUUGAAAAUACAUCUAUCCAGCCUCUGUCAUCGAUGUUCCAGAGGCUCUGUCUGAGAGGAACGAGUUAGUUUCGAUGAAUGAUGAGGAGCUGGACUUGAGGCGGCAUCAAUGGGCCGAAGUAUCGGCAGAAGACAAGCCUGAGGUUGAUAUAAUAGAAUAUUUGAUAAUUGUUUAGAGGGUAAUAGUAAAAAUAGCUUCAAAUUUCGGAAAUAUAUAUAGGAUAUAAACAAUCAUUGAGAACGGAACAUCCUUCUAAAAGACCUUAGUACUGAAAAAUUGCUUCAGAGAACUUUUUGAAGAAUAAGUAAAACCAAUUUUCAAAAAAAGCCCUAUGCUGCUUGAAUCAGGACUGAGUAUCAUAAAAAUCUUUUUUUUUUCAGAAGUUCUUUUAUCGAACUCAAAAAUAAAAUUCAAUUUGAAUCAAUUAAAUUACAGCGAAGAAAAACUCGAGCGUGCUCUGCGAGGGUUUCGGUGGAGUUGGAAGAAGACCGGCAGACGCUCGUCUGAGUUCAUAGAGAAAUACGGUCAGUUUUCAAACAAUUAUUCCUUAAGAAUUGUCUCUUUUUCAACUUUUCGAUUUCAAGAAAGAAAAUGAGAAAGGGAGAAACACGGUUAUCAAGAUGAUUUUGUGUUUCAGCAAAAACUGAGGGGAACCGCGACAAAGCAGAACUAGAGACGCCAGCCGUUCCCGACGUCACGACUCGGCGAUUGUUCGCCGCCGGGCCACUUCUUGGGAGCGGCAAAGAAGAACGGACGCGGAGGACGGGUCCAGGGAAAAGAGCUCGAGAGCUCUUUUUCACAGAUCUUCUCUUUUUCGCCUUCUGUCCGCAUGUCCCGAGAAGUUGUGAUCUCCGUUUUUGA